AUGGAUCGUACAUAUGGAAGAGGUUUUCUUGAUUAUGAAGUAUCAAAUAUAAUACAAGAUUCAAUUGUAGGAACUCUUAUAUAUCAAACAUAUGAAAAAACAAAAGUUAAUUUAUGGACAUCAAAUAUAGUCGAAACAAUACUUAAUUCAUUAGCAAGAUUGAAUAAACCAUAUAAAUAUAUUGUAUUUUGUGUAAUUAUGGAAAAAACUGGUGCUGGUUUACAUACAGCAAGUUCAUGUCUUUGGGAUGAGACAAGUGAUAGAUCAUGUACUCUUCGUUGGGAAAAUGAAACAAUGUUUGUUACUGUAACCGUUUUUGGUUUAUCGAACUGA